AUGUGCCUUUCGCCGGCGCUGCCGAGCGGUGAGGACCUCGUCCGCCAUCAGCUCGAGCUGCAGCUGAUCCUCCAGGAGGUGCACCAGCGCUACGCCGGCCGCUCAGGGAGGUACAACAAGCACGACACGGCGCGGCUCCGCUUCAUAAAAGACACUGCCUUCCCGGGCCUGCGCUUCGGCAAGAUGGUGCAGGAGCGAGACAUGGCGAUGCUGCGCUUGCCGCCGAUGAGCGAUCUAGCCGGCACUGCGCUGACCGAGAUGAAUGAGUGGUCGCGGCGGCACGCGCCCGACCCGCGCUCCGCAAACCAGGGAGAGGUGGCGCGGUUGGACGAGGAGCAGCAGUCGACGCUGCUCAGGUGGGCGGCCACACAGGCCAACGGCGGCUGCGUGGCCGACCACGCUGCUCGACGCGGCGCGCCGCCAGCCUAUCGACUCCACUUCGGCGCAUACAAAGGCCUCACGCUCGCGCAGCUGGUGUCAGCCUCUCGCACGAGCAAGGGAGGCGCGCGUGGCAAAUCGGCGCUGCUUCCGGACGCGCCCGCCUCGCUGCGCUGCUCGGAGCCGGGUGAUUACGUUCUCUGGCUGUGCUCCAACGAUUUCAACGCCCACUUCCCAUAUCACGCGCCGCUCUAUCUGUCCCUGCGGGAGCUUGAGGCCGACGGCUGCACCGUUUACAACUCCGAUCUCAACUCGGCUUUCGACUUGAAGCCGGUCGUGGUGUGCGCCGAAACGAGGCAGCGAUUUUCCGAUUACGUCAACUCCCUGACUACGCCUCUGGUCGGCGACAUCGACCCGUACGCCCCGCGCGACCCGGGCCAGGACGAGGCGGCAGCGGCGGUUCGCGGCGCAGCAGACGCCGACUCGGACGACGAGGCCGAAGGCGAAGUUGGCGGGUGCGACGCCGCGGCAGCGGGAGGCAGCGCCGACGGCGAUUUUGUGCGACGCGGGAAGGCGGACGUCGUCUGCAAUGGCGUCAGCCGCCAACAGCGCGAGUUCCUCGCGCGCGUGGUCGCAGAGCGCGCGAGUGGGAAGCGGCCAUCCUACGAGGACGCUGAGCGGCUCGACGUGCAGCCGCCGGACGCGCUCUGCAUCCCUUGCUUCGACGCGGACCUGUAUCACCUAGCGAGGGCGAGGAAGUGGACGAGGGCGAUAGCAAUGGUGGCUUCGACGUGCAGGACGAGGGUGGUGGGGCUCCCCGCCGACGCGUCGGAGGAGCUGGUGCAGCGGUUUAACAAGAUCAACGCCGACUUUGCGGACGAUAGCAUGCCGCCCAUCGGCAGCGCGACUCGAGCGCGGUGGCUGAAGCAGCGGCGGCAGCGGCGGGCGCUGUGGAGGCAGAGGUAUGCGGAGGAGUCAGCUGGUCUAGCCCGAGAGCAGUAUUAUAAGGUGGCGAAGGCGAAGGAGAGGCGGAAGCGGAAGCGCCGACAUGACGAGGAGGCGGGAGGGGUGGCACGCGCAGGCGGCGGCGGCGCAGGUGGCCGCGCAGUCCGGCAGGCAGCUCGCAGCAUGUGGGACUUGUUUCGAGGGCGCUAG